UUCAUAGUCCCGUUUUUAGAGCCAGUGAAACUGAGAUGCAGAGAACAAAGUCACUUGCCCACGGUCAUGUAUCUGAUCAGCAAACAGCAGCUGCAGACAGUCAAGGACCGGUUUCAGGCCUUUCUCAAUGGGGAAACCCAGAUCGUGGCUGAUGAAGCCUUCAUGAACGCCGUCCAGAGUUACUAUGAGGUGUUCCUAAAGAGUGACCGGGUAGCCCGCAUGGUGCAGAGCGGGGGCUGCUCCGCCAAUGACUCACGGGAGGUCUUCAAGAAGCACAUUGAGAAACGGGUGCGGAGCCUGCCUGAGAUCGAUGGCCUUAGCAAGGAGACCGUGCUGAGCUCCUGGAUGGCCAAGUUUGAUGCUAUCUACCGUGGGGAAGAGGAUCCCCGGAAGCAGCAGGCCCGGAUGACGGCCAGCGCAGCCUCUGAACUGAUUCUGAGCAAGGAGCAGCUCUACGAAAUGUUCCAGAACAUUCUUGGGAUCAAGAAGUUCGAACACCAGCUCCUGUACAAUGCGUGUCAGCUGGACAACCCAGACGAGCAGGCGGCCCAGAUCAGACGGGAGCUGGAUGGACGUCUCCAGAUGGCAGACCAAAUAGCCAGGGAACGAAAAUUUCCGAAGUUUGUAUCCAAAGAAAUGGAAAACAUGUACAUUGAGGAACUGAAGUCCUCCGUCAACCUGCUCAUGGCCAACUUGGAGAGCAUGCCUGUGUCCAAAGGUGGAGAGUUCAAGCUCCAGAAACUGAAACGCAGCCACAACGCUUCCAUCAUCGACAUGGGUGAGGAGAGUGAGAACCAGCUCUCCAAGUCAGACGUUGUGCUGUCUUUCUCCUUGGAGGUGGUGAUCAUGGAAGUCCAAGGCCUUAAAUCCUUGGCUCCAAAUCGCAUUGUGUAUUGCACCAUGGAGGUGGAAGGAGGAGAGAAACUGCAAACAGACCAGGCUGAGGCUUCCAAACCAACGUGGGGCACCCAGGGCGACUUCUCCACGACUCAUGCUCUUCCUGCCGUGAAGGUGAAGCUGUUCACAGAAAGCACAGGUGUCCUGGCCUUGGAGGACAAGGAGCUUGGGCGGGUUAUUCUCCAUCCCACCCCGAAUAGCCCCAAACAAUCUGAAUGGCACAAAAUGACAGUUUCCAAAAAUUGCCCAGAUCAGGAUCUCAAAAUCAAACUUGCUGUCCGAAUGGAUAAACCUCAAAACAUGAAGCAUUCUGGGUAUUUAUGGGCCAUCGGUAAAAAUGUCUGGAAGAGGUGGAAGAAAAGGUUUUUUGUAUUGGUGCAGGUCAGUCAGUACACAUUUGCCAUGUGUAGUUACCGAGAGAAGAAAGCAGAGCCUCAGGAACUUCUGCAACUGGAUGGCUACACUGUGGAUUACACGGACCCCCAGCCAGGUCUGGAAGGGGGCCGAGCCUUCUUCAAUGCAGUCAAAGAAGGAGACACGGUGAUAUUUGCCAGUGAUGAUGAGCAGGACCGCAUCCUGUGGGUCCAGGCCAUGUACCGGGCCACAGGACAGUCCCACAAGCCCGUUCCCCCGACCCAGGUCCAGAAGCUCAACGCCAAGGGAGGGAACGUGCCUCAGCUGGACGCCCCCAUCUCACAGUUCUCUGGACUGAAGGAUGCAGACAGAGCUCAAAAGCAUGGCAUGGAUGAAUUUAUCUCUUCCAACCCCUGUAACUUUGACCACGCUUCCCUUUUUGAGAUGGUGCAGCGCCUUACUUUGGAUCACAGACUUAAUGAUUCCUAUUCUUGCCUGGGCUGGUUCAGUCCUGGCCAGGUGUUUGUAUUAGACGAAUACUGUGCCCGCAACGGAGUGCGGGGCUGUCACCGACACCUCUGCUACCUCAGAGACCUGCUGGAACGGGCAGAGAACGGCGCCAUGAUUGACCCUACCCUUCUCCACUACAGCUUUGCCUUCUGCGCAUCCCACGUCCACGGUAACAGUCAACAGAUGCAUGUGUACCUUAGUGGGCUGCCUCCAAAUACAGACUCUGAGGGGAGCAAAACUCCCUCCCCAUCUGAAUCAGAAACUAAAAAAGAUACCAAAAGAGAAUCCAAAAAAAGAAAGGAAUUCAAAAUCCACUCCAGUCAAGAGCCCAAAAGGCCUGAUGGAAUUGGGACUGUGACUGUUGAAGAGAAAGAACGUUUUGAAGAAAUCAAAGAGAGACUCCGAGUUCUGUUGGAAAAUCAGAUUACACAUUUUAGGUAUUGCUUUCCAUUUGGUCGACCUGAAGGCGCAUUAAAAGCUACUCUCUCUCUCUUGGAAAGGGUUUUGAUGAAGGAUAUUGUUACCCCAGUGCCGCAAGAAGAGGUAAAAACAGUCAUCCGUAAAUGUCUAGAGCAAGCUGCUCUAGUCAACUAUUCCCGUCUCUCUGAGUAUGCCAAAAUUGAAGGGAAAAAGAGAGAAAUGUAUGAGCAUCCUGUCUUCUGCUUGGCCUCCCAAGUGAUGGAUUUAACCAUUCAGAAUCAAAAGGAUGCAGAAAAUGUAGGCCGGUUAAUCACUCCUGCCAAAAAGCUCGAAGAUACAAUACGUCUUGCUGAACUAGUCAUUGAAGUUCUUCAGCAGAAUGAGGAGCACCACGCAGAGGGAAAAGAGCCACACGUUGAUAAAGGAGAAGCCUUUGCAUGGUGGUCAGACUUAAUGGUGGAACAUGCCGAGACAUUCCUGUCACUCUUUGCGGUAGACAUGGAUGCAGCCUUGGAGGUGCAGCCCCCAGACACGUGGGACAGUUUUCCAGUGUUUCAGCUGCUGAAUGACUUUCUCCGUACCGACUAUAAUUUGUGCAAUGGAAAAUUUCACAAACACCUGCAAGACCUGUUUGCCCCACUUGUUGUUAGAUAUGUGGAUUUGAUGGAGUCCUCAAUUGCACAAUCCAUUCACAGGGGCUUUGAGCGGGAGUCAUGGGAACCAGUCAAGAGUUUAACCAGUAACCUACCCAAUGUGAACCUACCCAAUGUGAACCUUCCCAAAGUACCAAAUCUACCAGUUAACAUCCCUCUAGGCAUCCCACAAAUGCCUACUUUUUCGGCACCGUCAUGGAUGGCUGCUAUAUAUGAUGCUGAUAAUGGAUCAGGCACCUCAGAAGACCUGUUCUGGAAACUUGACGCCCUUCAGACCUUCAUUCGGGACCUGCACUGGCCCGAGGAAGAAUUUGGAAAGCACCUAGAACAACGGUUGAAGUUGAUGGCAAGUGACAUGAUUGAGUCUUGUGUCAAAAGAACCAGGAUUGCAUUUGAAGUUAAGCUGCAAAAAACCAGUCGAUCAACAGAUUUUCGAGUCCCACAGUCAAUAUGCACCAUGUUUAAUGUUAUGGUUGAUGCCAAAGCUCAAUCAACAAAACUUUGCAGCAUGGAAAUGGGCCAAGAGCAUCAGUACCACUCAAAAAUAGACGAACUAAUUGAAGAAACUGUUAAAGAAAUGAUAACACUCUUGGUUGCAAAGUUCAUUACUAUCUUGGAAGGAGUACUGGCAAAAUUAUCCAGAUACGACGAAGGGACUUUGUUUUCUUCUUUUCUGUCAUUCACAGUGAAGGCCGCUUCCAAAUAUGUGGAUGUACCUAAACCCGGAAUGGAUGUGGCUGAUGCCUACGUGACUUUCGUCCGCCACUCUCAGGAUGUCCUGCGUGAUAAGGUCAAUGAGGAGAUGUAUAUAGAAAGGUUAUUUGAUCAAUGGUACAACAGCUCCAUGAACGUCAUCUGUACCUGGCUGACGGACCGGAUGGACCUGCAGCUUCACAUAUAUCAGUUGAAAACACUAAUUAGGAUGGUAAAGAAAACCUAUAGAGAUUUCCGAUUGCAAGGGGUCCUGGAUUCCACCCUCAACAGCAAGACUUACGAGACCAUCCGGAACCGUCUCACCGUGGAGGAAGCCACGGCAUCCGUGAGCGAGGGUGGGGGCCUACAGGGGAUCAGCAUGAAGGACAGCGACGAGGAGGACGAGGAAGAUGACUAGACCACGCGGGCCCUGGAGUCCCCAGGAGAGUCCUGCACUCAAUGCAUGUCCUUAGUCUGUUAGUGAACCCCACUAGGAACUUUCUGUCAACUGCCAUGCCCACGAGACGUUCACCAGUACAAUUGCCAUUUUAGCUAUGUGGUACCAAGAUUAGCAAAUGAUCUUCAGUUGAUUUUCUUAUUUCUGUGUCUGUAUGUGUACAAGCAACAUGGAGCACCAGCCUUUAAAUGCCAUUCAUGGAGAACACGUAGUCCAGCUGUGAGGCCGGUCCGCAUUCUUGGCCAAGUGUAAUGAUGCUUCAUACUCGGUACUGUGUGUGUGUCGAUGGUACAUGGGUGUCAGGGCAAGGAUGCUGAGGACUUAACUUCUUUGUUCAUGUAUGUGGAUGCCAGUUAUUUUAAUGCGUAUAUAAAUAAAUUAAUUUACUGAAGCACAUAGAUCUGCUUUGUUUUUUAUUGAGAAACCAAAGCAAGGCUCCAACAGCCAACUUUUGGUUCUUUUGUUCCCCUAAAACAAAAAAAAGAAACUAGACCCCUUGUAUCCCUGUUACCCCUUCCUCUCAUUUAUCUAUGUAGCCAAAACAAAAGGAUUGAUUUCUCCUAUUGCCCUGGCCAGGGGGCGAUCCUGUCACCAUUGACCCCCCCAAGCACAGUGCAGAGUAACUGUCUUCUGUCAAAGUUUUUCCUAUUAAAUGUUACAUUUUGCUUUUAUGUUUCAAUAACUGUGUGUGUAAAAAAAAAAAAACCUGAAUAUUUAAAUUACAACCUUAGACUAUAUAUGUGUUUAUAAGAAGAUACGGCUAUUUCUUUGAGUAGAUUAUAACCAUAACUGAAAUUAUUUUGCUCCACACCUUUUUAUAUCCAUCCUGUACCUUGCGUUCUGGUCUGUGACUGUGCAGCCCUGGGGCCCGCUGCAGAGCUCCUCCUGCCUCUGUAAAGUAGUGGAUCCAUCUUGCUUUUGCCUUAUACAAAGCCUACAGGUAUGAGAGUGUGGAAAACUGUGGCUUCUCAAUAAAUACCUGUUCAC